AUGACUCCAGCUGUUGUCGCCUCACCAUUCUGUACUACUCUUUAUUAUAAACCUCAAUCAUUUUCACUUUGUACUGGGAACCUGUGGAAGAAAAUAAGUAAAGAGGAUGCCCUGCGAUUGAAAUUGGAUGAUAUAGGAAAGCACGCAAUUUAUGAAGUACCAUCAAAUGCAGUGGUGAUUAAAACCCAGAAACAAAAUAACAGUGUAAAGCUUACCUGCGUGUUGACAAAUUCUGAAGAGGACCUAGAUCCUAUUGUCUCACUGAGUGUGCCUAUUGAAAACACUUUACGUUCCGAUCAGGCUUCUCAGCUGACCAAAUUGGCCAAAGAGUUCGAUAUAGAAAUCGUUGUUGCCAAAGCAAACUCCUACGCAACUAAGGGAAAGUCCGGCGACUGUAUUUUCAUGAUAGGAAUGCGCCAAAAAGUUGAAUGUGCUGAACAGCAAAUAAAGGUUUUCUUGGAAACACUUAAGAAAAAAGUAGUGAGACAUAUCAUACUAGAUACAGUUUCUCUGUUACCUAUUUGUGCUGGAAUGAAUUCAAAUAAUCUCCGCAAUUUUGAAAGCAUUUAUGACACCGAGGUAUUUCUGCCGAGUAUGCUUUCUAUCGAUGCAAACGGAAUUUUUUUGUCAGGAGAUAUCCAUUCACUAACUCUUCUGGCAGAAGAGCGGCUAAGAAGAAUAAUUGACUGUGCCAAAAAUAACAUUUACUAUGCCCUGUUGCCCAAUCUUUCCCCCAUCAAGCUCCAAUUUGUUAGACAGUUUUACCGUAAUGAGAUCAAUGAGCUUAUGAAUACAAAUCAAUGCUUCAUCAACGUAACAAAGAGUGAGGUUCAUUUCAUGUCAAACUCAACUUUCGCCCUCGAUAGGACCAUGAGAAGUUUCAUACUCGAUAUUUUGGGUGACACGUUUGAGGCUCAAAUACUCUUCCAUGAUAACCAAGACGCGAUAUUAGAAGGCGAUUAUUUAUCUGCAAUUCAGACAAUAGCUUCCCAGUGUGAAGUAAUAAUAAUGCAAUUACAAACCAAUUUAUUGAAUUUUGUGAUAGUAGGACGACCACAGAACGUCGUUGAUGCGAUAGAGUUUAUUUCAAAGCUCGAGAAAAGUAGUCAAAAGCAGAUCAAAUAUCAACUUGAGCUCCAUCCUGAUUACAAGGAAUUCAUUUCAGGUAAAAAAAAUGGUAAAAUAACAAGGAUCAUGGACGCAGUGGAAUGCUCUAUUACACUGGAUUUACAAAAUGGUCAAGGAAAUAUGAUAAUAAGUUUGCUAACAGAUCAAUUGGAGAAAUCAGAAAAAGCGAUCAAACUCUUACAAGACGAGUUACCUGCAGAACACGCAUUUUUUAUUCCAGAAGCAUAUCAUCGCCCUGUAAUAGGAACAGGUGGAUCAGUUAUACAAACAAUAAUGAGAAAGCAUAAUGUUUUCAUACAAUUUUCUAACAGCUUCCAAUUACCACAGAACGACUUGGGCCUAGUUCGUUACAACAAUGUCGUCAUUAGGUGCCCUUCAAAAAAUGAAACAUCGAUCGCUCAUGCCAAGGACGAAUUGAGCGAGCUAGUGAAAGAGUACAGUGAUUUGCAACCCAAAACGCUUUUGAGGUUUUCUCCUGGUCAAUAUUGCUAUUUUGUACAGGGCUUCAUUGAUUGGAAGUCGAAUAUCAUUGGAGAGAUUGAAAAGAAGACAAGUACUUACAUUGCAUUUCCUUCCAAGAAACCUUCAGAGAACUAUAGUCUAGAAAUCAGGGGAAAUGAUGGCAACUCCGAACUUGCAGCCGAAGAGCUGAUCAAAUACUUUGCUGAUGAACUGGAGAUUUACACUGACACACAAAUUAUGGACAUACAAGAAUUUACGAACUGCGUUGCCGUUCCUCUGAAAAAGGCCAUGAAGAUCGAGGUUACAAUAAGUAAAUCUUUGGUCAGAUUAACAUAUUCGGAUCUAUCCGAAAGCCAUACAACGAGGGCAAUUGCUUUAAUACGUGAUUAUCUAUCCUCCAAAGGAAUUAGAAUUACUUCUGAGAAAAAGCUGGGACGUGAUUUCAUUCUUUCAAGUAACGAUCUGCCUGACAAACCAGAUGCCACAGAGGGAAAUGCCUAUACCUCUUAUCCUUAUACGUAUACCAAAAUAUAA